AUGGCCUCUGUACCGCAACAGCAGCAGCCAUCGCCACCUGCAGCGCAUCCGGCAGCUGCAGGUGUGCUGCCUUCCCUCGAUACAUGCAGCAGCAGCAGGAACAGCAGCUGCAGCAGCAGCAAGACGGAGGGAGCGUUGGCUGUAUGCCUAGACACAAGCAGUAUGACAGGAGCGGCGCACAACGCAGCAGCACCACCACAACCUGCAGCAGCAGUACUGCGGGCUGCAGCAUCAGCACCAGUAGCUGCAGCAACACCUCCAGUAGCUGCAGCAGCACCACCACGACCUGCAGCACUAGCACCAGGAGCUGGAUCAGCAGUACCGCGAGGUGCAGCAGCAGUAGCAGAAAAUGCCGCUACCUGUGGUUACUUUGUGCAACAGCAAGGCCUGCAGCAGCGUGAAAUGGCCAUAGAGGUUCUGCCUGCAGCUCCCGCUGCAGUUGCUGCAGCAGCAGCAGUAAGAGAGCUCGCUAAUAGCAACGGCGGCGGCAGCAGUAACAGCAGCAGCAGCAGCAUGUCCAGUUGUGUACCGAAGGGACGGCAACAUUUCACGACAGCUGCUGCAGCAGCACAGUCAGCAGCAGUACAACGUGCUACGACAGCAGCAGCAGCAGGACCUGCUACUAUAGCAGCAGCAGCACACUCGGCAGGAGCAGAAAGUACUCCUGCAGCAGCAGCGGGGACAGCCGUAACAGCCGUAGGAGAUCCAACGAAGUCUACAGCAGCAACAGCAGCAGCAACAGCAGACACUUAUACUGCAGCCCCCAGUAUUCGUUCUUAUUGCGCCCAAGCAGCAGCAGCGCCGAGGGACUCUCCUGCUGCUGCGCCUGUUGCUGUGCCUGCUGCUGCGCCUACUGCUGCAUCUAAUGCUGCAAAAACAGCAGAGAAGGCAGGCAUGUUCACCACCUUCACAGACAGCAGUGUAUCUGCUGCAGCAACGGCAUUAGCACGUGCAGCAGCAGGAACGGCAACAGCAGCAAGAGGAUAUGUUGAAGCGCGGGGGAGUGGAGAGGACGCGAUGCACGUUGAUGGGGAGUUCCCGAUGAAUGCAGCAGCAGCAGCAACAACAACAACAGAAGCAACAACAACAGCAGCAACAACACCAGCAGAAACAACAGCAACUGCAGCAACUGCAGCAACAGCAGCUAGGGUGGCAAUGGUAACACCUACAGACCGCACAACGCAGAAGCUUGAGCAGCAGCCAUUAGGAGCAGCUGUAUCAGCAGCAGCAGCAGCAGCAGGUAAAGCAGCAGCAGUAACAACAGGAGCGGCAGCAGCAGCACCAUCCCCACCAAAUUCCCGUCCGCUCCGACGUCGUGCAUCGCCUGAGCAGCAGCAAGAGCAUCAGCAGCAACCGGACCAACCGCAGCAACAACAAUACCAGCAGCAGCAGCAGCAGCAGCAGCAGCAGCAGUGUUGGUUUAGCGAUGUUUUGUUUGCUUACAACUUGCGCGUUGGAUUUUCAGUGCCAAGAGAUGUCCACCAAGAGAGUCAUCCUCUCUCUCUAUAUGGUAUGGGGGAAUUUAAGAGCGGGCUAUGGGGUAAGGGCAGCAGCAGCAGCAAGAGCAGCAGCAGCAGCAGCAGAGAUGCCCGAAAGCUGAGGGAUCCGCAACAAACGGACAGCCAGCUGGCCAGCAGUGUGCGUUGGUUUUCUGCGUGCUGCAGACAGCAGCAACAGCAACAACAGCAACAGCUGGAUGGUGCCAGCAGCAGCGCGAACACUGCUGGCGUCCUUCCGCAGCAGCAGCAGCAACAGCAACAGCAGCAGCAGGAGGACUGCCUGCAGGGAUGCUUGCUGCGAUCUGGCCGGUAUGUGGGACUCGAGAACUUGGGAGCAACUUGUUAUAUGAAUGUCUUUAUACAGGCGCUGUACAUGAAUGUACACUUCAGGCAGGCGCUGCUGCUGCUGCCAACACUGCAGCAGCUGCAGCAAGCGGAGCAGCGGCAAGGCAGACAGGCUACCAAACAGGCUACUACCCCUGUAAUAUGCGUGGACGAUGACGUUGAAACGCAGCAGCAGCAACAACAACAGCAGCAGCAGCAACAACUGCAGCAAAGCGGGGACGUAAUGCCUGUGAAGGGAGCAGUGCCGCAGAAGCAGCACGAGGUGAUCGUGCAACAACAGCUGCUGCUGCAGCAAGCUGCUGCUACAGGAAGUGCGUCGCCGACCUCUGGGAGAACUGAGGGGAUACGCAAAGCUGCAGCAGAUGACCGAACAGCAGCAACAACAGCAACAGCAACAGCAACAGGAAAUGCACCUGAAGCUGCUUCCUCCACGGGCGCAGUGCGCGCUAGUGGAGGCCACGAGGACGCUUCGGGCGUGUCUAUAAUUUCUUCGAUAGGGGCAUCGAAAGAUGGUACAAACAGCAGCAGGAGCAGUAGCAGCAGUAGCAGCACCACAGACAGCACAAAGCCGGCUGCUAGUGGUGUAAGUGCUGCUGCGGCGGCUGCUGCAGACAGCCGUUCAUGGGCCUUAGAUGAGGCUACAGCUGCUGCUGCUUGCAAGUGGCUGUGCAGCAGCAGGUAUGCACUUGUAGCCGAGCUGCAGCGGAUCUUCGCUCUGCUGCAGUGCGGUGUACAGGCAGCUCUUAGGCCAGAGUCUCUGGCUGAUUUGUUGGCGGACGACUUCUCCUGUCAGGAGGAUGCAAACGAGCUGCAGCAUCGUCUGCUGGAGAUGUUGGAAGCUGAGUUGGGGGGUGUCAACAGCCCCUGGAAUUUCUUGCCUUCGCUCUUUAGGGGAGCGCAUCUGCAGGCAGUUUGCUGCCGCAGCUGCGGAUACACCGGACUGCGGGAAGAAACAUUUUAUCAGCUUAGCUGCAGCCACAAGAGCGAAAGGAAGAACGUCAGGGAAGACAAAGGCCAGCAGCAUACUGCAGCAGCGGCUGCUGCCGCUGCUGCUGCUGCCGCUGCUGCUGCGGGAGCCAGCGACGCAUUCGAUCCGAAGCACCAAAUUUACAUGCAGCAGCAUGCAGCGGGCGACCGACGUGCAGGAACCAAAAGGGAACGGGGGGGAGCAACGAAGAGCAAUGCUGCCCAUCAGCAGCAGCUGCUGCAGCAAGCGAUCCCGGGUUGGGGUAUGGAUCUCGUUAUGCCUUCUGCGGUUUCUCCUGUGGGUUUGGCGCCUACACUUUCCCCUCCAGCAUCUUCAUUCCCAUCAUUAUCAUCGUCGUCAGCAGCAGCACCAGCACCACCAGCAACACCAGCAGCACCAGCAGCUGAGCGCAGCAGCUGGCGACUAGGGGAGGACUUGGCGCGGCAGUUUCAGCGGACAGAGCAGCUGCGAGGAGAUGCAAAGUAUUUCUGCCCUCAGUGCGGCGACAAGCGAGAAGCGCGGAAGCGGCUGCAGUUGUCGCUGCUGCCUCCAUACCUGCAAGUUAGUGUCACAAAGAGAAACACGAAGGAAAACACCAGAACGCAUGCAAGCAGACACAGCGACACAGAAAGUAGCAGCAUUUGCACAACUUGCUCGUCGUUACUUUAUUCUCUUCUUUAUCUUCUAAUCAUCAUAACUUUCUUACUCUAA